ACCUAACCCAGCCUACAAUUCAUCUCCCUGCCACUCCAUUCUGGCCUGUUUUGUUCCUCCAAGACAAAGGCAUCAUCAUCAAGCUCACCAUAUAUCAAUGGAGAGGUCAAGGUCCUUUUCAAUUUCAGAGAAGAGCAGCAACAAAGACCAUGGUUCCUCCAGCACAAAGACCGACCUGAGGUGCUACAGCGCCUCCUAUGUGACAGCCAAGAAGGCACCUGCAGGCACCACAUGGCCUCCUUCUGCAACUUCUUCUUCUACUACUACGACGUCGGCGGCGGCCGGUUCGAAGGCGAAGAAGUGGAGCAGCGGCUUCGUUGCCCCGUCGGAGCUGCGGAGGAAGAGGAGGGUGGCGGGGUACAGGGUGUACGGCGUGGAAGGGAAGGUGAAGGUGUCCCUGAAGAGCGGUGUCAGGUGGCUCAAGGGCAAGUGCACCCAGGUGGUGGACGGCUUGUGGUGAAGCCUGCAAGGUGAUCGAUGAGCUGACAUCACACACAUGCCGUAUGUAUGAUCUAUUGAUCUUCUGGAUGCGACCAUGCAGCUUAAUUAGUUUCUUCUCUUCUUUGGUUGGUCCAUCUAUACGUCAAUCUUCCUUUCUUGAGCUGGCAUUGUGUUUUUUUCCUUUUCCGAAGAAGAAGAAGAGACUGCCUUGAUCAUGCAAAUACUACCAACAGAUAUUUAUAUGUUCUUUGAAAUGUUUAUUUGGUGAGAAAUUAAGUUGUCAAUAUUAAAUUUGUUGUGUAAGAGCA